AUGGACAUAACCGUGUUGAAAAAAUUGACCAGAUCCGGUUUUAUAUUACUCCAUGUUACCGUGUUGCUGAUCGGUAAGUCACAACAUAAUAUCAUUACGUUAAAUUUCCAUCAAUCGUUAAUACUCAUAUAAUAACCCGCGAGACCACAUAACAAAUUGCAAUACAAUCCGCUAAUUUGUUAUUAUUUUGUCGUGUUUUGUCGUCGAUUAACCAUUGACCACUGCAGUCGAUGCUAAUCUUUCGCGUGAUAUUCAUGAAAUUAAUUGAGCAAUCGCGCAAAAACAUGGUUAGAAAUUCGCCAUAUAUAUUUUAAUAGGCCGAUACCUAUUUUAAAAUAUUUGAUUACAUUAUGUCAAAGCCGCUUUCCGCAUUUGCGAAAAUCAUCUUAACCUAUACACCGUCUCUAACCCAAUCAUCAUUAUUUUACAAAUCCUAUAUCCUAUACAUAAUAAUAUACGACUACUUUGUUUGUGUGUUGUAUUAGCAUAAACGAACUAUUACUUAAAAAAAAAAAGAAUACAUAAGAAGGAAAGAUAAAAGCUUCAUAUUAAUCGCGAAAAUAAUUUAAGCAACAGCAAUUAUUUAAACAUAAACAUUUUAUUUGAAAACGAUACAAGAAGAAACAAAAAUAUAUAGGGACAAACCUACUUUGCUAAACAUUUUAUUUUUUUAAAUUAUCGUUUUAACAAUAUUUCAAUUGAAAGUUGAUUAUUUAUAGUUGUGAUCAUUGACAAGUGGACACACUUAGUAUAUUAGACAGAGCUAAUUUCUUUGUUUGUAUAUUUUUCGGAGGCUUAGCACUCUCAAGCCCCUCUCCCAAAUUUCCAACUAUGGGCGAAAGUAUAAUAAUAUGAUAUUAUUGAUAUUGCGUUAAUUUCCAUAGCUUAUAGCAGUUAUACACUGGUCGUUUUAAAUAUUAUUAUCGUAAUAUAUUUUGUUUACCGAACACGACGUCGCGAAGAAAGUUCUUUUACCGCUACGGAAUUCAAUGUCGUCAUGCGUUAAGUACGUAGGUAGCUGUUAAGUACCUACUCGCAUAUACACGAGUUGCACCCGGAAUAAUUUCCAUAAUUAAAAAUCAACCGUUCUUAAACGAUAUGAUAUUGAAAGUUACUAGUGCAGUUUUAAACCAAAAUCAAAGAGACUCGAAAUCUCCGUACAUGUCUACAGGUAAUCAAUCAGAAUGUUUUUCAACUAACUAUCGAAUUUUUAAUAUGGAUGCCAUUUGAAAAUCAAAAAUACCAAAAUAGGUUUCACCCCUAAAAAUAAGGGUGACAAAAAAUAAUGGCUAUAAAAUAUUUUAGAGCUAGUCGUUCCUUAAAUUGUAAAAAAAACAUUUACGAAACUUAAUACUUUUAAAAAUAUCUUAACUAUCAUAUUUUCGUAGGACACUCUGUAUAUUAUAAGUUCCGACACAGUUUUGAUUUUUCUGACUUAAACGUAAAGGAAUUUGAAUUUAAAAAUGAGAUUUAGUCAUAUAAAAAAUAUAAUAGAUACUAAACAAAAUUGUCGAGGGAAAAGAUAUAUUUUCCUUAUCUCUCCCCCCCCCCCACUGUCUAAAUACGCUAUUGGUCCUCGUCUCCCGUGUCUCCCGCUUUACCGUGAUAAAAUAAUCAUAUAGUAUAUGUGGGUAUACGGCGUGUUUUUUUUUUUAUCAUAUUUCAAUUCGUUUCGUUUUAUCAUGGCGCGCGUCUCGUUUCGCCAUACAUUAUUAAGUAUAGAAACUUAAUACCCGGCGACGGAAUACCAACAAAGAAAGUGAUACCGUUCACGUGUCGUGUUGUGACAACCAGUUCGAUCGGAGAACCUCCUUAGGGUUUAUACCUAGUGUGCCUAUUACACGCAUAUUUCAAGUAUACAAAACCGUACAAAUCGUACAGAAUUAACACAACAAUCAAACGGCACGUAUAGAUCGGUAAAUAGAUAAGUACCUAUACAAUCGUUUUCAUACUAACAAAUAUAAUUUCUAUAAUAAUUACUGAAAAUCGUUUUUUCUUCUUCCGUUCUCCCGGAUAAUAUCAACGACACGCCCGUUGACGGUCUGUUUGAAUGCCAUUUAAAGAAACACACUCGUGGGCAUAAAGGUAUUAUAAUAUUAUAUUAAACGCCAAUUGGUUUCAAUUUUAUUGUUUUCGCGAGAUAAUGUCGCAAUAUAAUAUCAUUCAAAUUAUCAUUACUAUAUUAUUAGAUAGUCCCGUGGCAUUUUAAGAAAGCUAAGUACCAUUAAAACCGUGAAUACUAUAAUGUAAAUCUUAACAAUACAUAUGUAUUGUAUAUAUAUAUACCUACUUACUGUUUACAAUAAUAAUAAUAUUAUUAUUAUUAAUUAAAAAAAAAAAAAAAAUCAUCGACAAUCAAAUACUUCUAACAAACACGUAUGCAGUGUACACAGGUAUUUCGCGUCGUUUAAUCGUUUUCUAUAGAACAACGACAAGAUGAACGUUUUCAAACAAACAAUAAUAAAUUAAUUGAUUAAAUAAUCUACUUCCAAUGACAUAGAUGUGUAUUAAUUCGAUAACAUAUUGACAACAUCCCGAGUACUUAUAAACGAAUUAAAUAAUUUUCACACGUCAUUACAUAGUAAAAUGAUUGCGCUAUACAAGUCCGUAACGAGUCCGUCUUGAGGUUAAGGGCGUUAAGAAUAUGUAUUAUAGCUAGUAAAUAAUAUGCAAUAUGUUUAAAAAAAAAAUCAAAUAAUAACACCGACCGUUUGGAUAUUAUUCAGAUGCUGAUGGCGUCUUUUUUUUUUUAAUUUUUUUUUUCGCUUCAUUCGCGUGCCCGAGACAUUGUACUAAAUUCCCUUUACAUAAUUGGCAACCUUCAUAAUUUUCGUAGUUUCUACGUUACUGGCAGCACUCUUUCAUUUUUAAUAUGUUGUUCUACAGAUUUUUCUUAAUAUUUUAUUUUUAAAGGACAGUGACUUUUUCUUGAUAUUUGUUAUUUUUUUAUUUAUAUUUAUUUACUAUCAUCCACGUGCCUGUCCUUAACGUUGGUCUAAAUUCAAUAAUAUAAUAAUAUAUAUAUAAAAUCAUAAAUUUGUUCUCCAGAUUAAAAUUUAGGAAUCAUACAAUAUUUUAAUUGCGCAUUUUAGAUUCUGAGUGGAGCAAAGAAGCUUGUGGUUUUACAAAGAUGUUUAUUUUUAAUUUUUUAACUGCUCAGAUUUCUACGUGUAGCACCUUUUCAUAAAAUAAUUCGGCCUGAGGAGGUACUUAAAGUAGAUCGUUUUUCGAUUUUCUCAGGAGUUUUCUCAUCAAGUAUAAAAAACCGAGAAAAUAUAUAAGAAAUGUCGGUAUUAGUUAAAUUAUAUUACGACCUUCUUUAUACACAAAACGUUUGUCCAAACGCAUGUUAACAUAUUAAGUGUCGCCGUAGCCUAAAAAAAACUAUAUUAUAUUAUAAUGGGUAAGUUUUAACGAAUUAUCGGUUCGGUCGGGAAGUAAAAAUAAGAGUUGUGCUUUGGAACGAAACAGAAAUAAUGAUGAUAAUGACGGAUAACGUAAUACAAUAUCACUUAGGGUAACGGCAUUAACCUUCUUCAAUAAUAUAAUAAAUUGAUUUAAUUAUUGAUUGGGCAAGCCAAACGACUGCAGCACACGUCAUGCGUAACGCGUUUACAUGGUAAUUUCUUGGUCGUAUAAUAUUAUAUUAUUAUAAUACGAUGGGUACCUUCUUCAAUUGUUAUUACACGGAGGCAUCACGUACAAUAAUUACAUCUCCCGGGCAAAACGCCGGCGCAAACAGCAACUGAAAAUUAGAGAAGAAAACUACACCAUAGUUAUACCUAUCGUAACUUCUCGAAAACUAGUUCAAGGUCCGGCGCAUCGUUUCCAUUCUCUCGCGGCGCGUGCAUAUAUUAGAAAAUCGUAUAUUAUAUUGUUAAGCCGUUCGUAAUAAAUUAUUAUUGUUAUUAUUAUUUUUAUGAAAAACGAGUAUAGUCUGGCGAAAAUCACGAGGGUCGUGACCGCGUAGGUACUGUUAUAAUCGAAAAAAUAAAAACGCCAACAAUUUUAUGGCACAGAUCGGCGUGAAAACGGUUUUAUAAUAUUAUUGUGUGGCACGAUUGUCGUUUCUCGAAAAUCGGAGUUCGGAACAUUAGUUCUGAAUAUCAUAUUAAUAUUAAAUAAAUUUUUGGAUGAUGUUUUUUUUAUUAAUCUGAACAUAGAAAAUGGUCUUAAUUAAAUUAUUUGAGGGAUAAAAACGGAAUAUUGAAAUAUGACGCCCAGAGCCAAUGUCCUCUUUGACCCUCCCCUUAAUACGACCCUAAUUAUACGUACCUUUUAUGAUAUUAUAGAUAAAUAUAAUAAACUAAAACGCUAUAAAACUACGAUUUUUCUAUUGUUAAAAAUAUAAAAUAAAAGAAUACUUCGGACGGCAUAAAAAUGCAUUUUUUUAAAUUUUUCCAUUGUAAAAGUAUUGCACGAAACACUCAUUUUCAAUACUGCACUCUACACUAUUACUCAACAUUUUUAUUUUUCGUACAUCUAUAGACAAUAUAAUAAUACAAUAAUAAAAUUACGAGAAAUUUGAUAAUAUCAUAUUAUGUUUUGUCAACCGCUACAUACAAGUUUCAUAAUUUACACAGGAAACAAAAUCAUUAAAAACGUAAAAUCAUUGAAAAAAAAAAAACAAAAUUCUGCGUGACACUCGUGAUUAAUUGGUUAAGUCAGACAAUUUUAUUAAAAUGGAUAUUUAAUCCCUGAAGUCCGAAAUUCUAGUGUAAGCCCCUAUAUAUUGUUAUUGGCAUUUGAAAAUCUGUAUGAUAAUAUAGGCUUCGAGAUGUCGUCAGACUAUGUAUUUAUGUGUUCAAAAUUUCUGAUCUCUGUGUGUUGUACAGAUUUUUUUAACAAUCGGCUUAUCGUUAGGUAUUUGUUUAAAAAAUAUGACGUUUAUAUUUUGGAAUAUUUUUUCUUAGCAAAACAUUGUUUUCCUCGUGGUCACUAAGAAUCCGGAGCGUAAUCAUAACAUUUACUCAUCUUUGAUGUAUCUACCAAUAUUCGCGUUCUACUAUUCUUCAACACGUUUGUCGUGCAUCCGAACUUAUUAAACGGAUAUAUAAUUGUACAAUAUAAACUGUAUAAUAUAAAAGUAUACGAUAUUUUUCUUUUUACUUACCAUUAUAUAGUUUCCCGAGUAAUGAAUAAUGAUAUGUGUUUCCGGAACGAACGCGUGAAAUUUGCGUGAAACUCUAUAAUAAUAUUGUAUGUAUCGGCUGUGCAUAGGUAUUAAGUGCUAGGUAAACAAUUUGUUAUGAUAAUGUUAUUAUUACGGUAAUCGGUAACUAAUAAUAUUUAUCGUCGGUGGUGACAAAUAAGAAAGAAAAAAACGCGUUGACCGUUUUAUACGUUGAACUCUUGGCCCGAUUCUUCCGCGGUUCAUCCGGUAUAAUAAUAGUACAUUUAUUAUUAUUAUCCACUACGGCUACUGAAUACUGUGUAUGCACACGUCACAUUCGCGGUAUAAACCCGGUCAUAACCUGGUCACUCGGACUGCACUAAUCGGCACGCGGUUCGUCUUCAUCAAUCCUUGUCAGCGGCGCGUCGAAAGCAGUCGUCUACACGGACAUUCGUCAUCGGUGUCGCCAAAUUAUUGAAGUAUAACCACAAUGACGUGGCGACCAUAUUUCAAGCACUAAGCAAAAUAUUAAAAAAAUAAUCCACCCACUUGCCCUAUAGCCUUUUCAUAUAUUUAUAAGGAAUGGUCUUUCACCAAUGCCACUACAUUUUCUGCUCAUUCGGAUUUUUUAAUUCUAUACGAAUUAUAGACAUGCCGUUGUUACUGAAGUAGUUCUCAGGUGCAAUAAUAUAAAUUCUAUUUAUCCUCGAUUCAUCAUUACCAAUGCUUCUAAACGUUUUCUUAUCCUGCCUAUCGUAUCAUCGCUCCUUCGAUUUUUAUUCUCUACAUAUAGACAUAUUUUUUCCUUCGUCGGUUACAAAUUAUUAACAAUUUCUUCUUAUAUUGUUAACGUUUAAAAAUUAUUGAUAAUCCUUUAAAAAAAUUCAAUCAGUUUUAUUUGUUCAAAACAUGGUUUACAAAUCUCCUGCCUCGUAGAGAUGUUCGAUUUCUGUGUAUUAUUUAUGUUUAAUUUUUUUAGAAAGAGGAAAACUUCCUAUAGUAAUGGACUUUGUUACCAUAAACCAUAAAAAGGAUAAGUUAAACAAAAUAGAACAAAAUUAGUCAUAUUAAAACUCUAAUCGUAACGUUUGGAUAAACCUAUAUAUUUUUCGAAAUCCCAGUACAAUGUGCCAUAUAAAAAGUUUUUAUCUUUUCAUAAAAAAAAAAAAUUAUAAUAAUUAUCGAAAUCAAUCUACUCUAUGAAGCAGGAAACCUAACUCUGUAACGCAUGUUUCUGGAUAAAAACAACCAACAAGUCACGUGAAGUCCCUUUAUCGUAUAGCUUGUUGUUCUAUCGUUCUUAAACUUAAACGAUUUCUCUUAACUCUACAUCAAGUUUAGUUAUUCGGUCUCCUCGAUACCCAGUAUCUUAUACAUUCGUAUAUCUUUCCGUUGCGAGUGACGUCAGGAAUUUGUACCCGCCGCCACCGAGUACCGUUAUAAUACCAUACAUAUAUUGACAUAUUGACCCAGGCUUCUAUACGAAGUCAACAGUAGAAUAUUCAACUCGCCCACGAUUUACGUAUUAUUAUUAUAAUAAAUAAUAAUACGAUAUAGGUACUAUUAUGCACUAUACGCAAGUAUAUAUUUUUCGUAACCGGCACACGCCCGUGAAAACAAUACGACGACGGCGCGCACGAUCUGUCGGUCUCAGAUUGCGUGAAGUGAAGAGAAGUCUACUGAAAAUUACAUUACAGGUAUUACAGGUAAUGUGUGUGUGUGUGUGUGUGUGUGUGUGAGUGUGCGCGCAAACCGACCGAUAUUCGUCUGAUCCGACAUACCUAUUAUUGUUCCGAAAUGCUUAAUUAUUAUUUAGAUAGUAUUUAGUAUUUUUAUGAGCACAUAGACCUGCAGUGGUUCCUUCGAGUCUUCCAGAAAAUUGAACGAUUUUCUCACGUUUCCCCCGAUCAAUAUAAAUUAAAACAAAAUACAUUUUAGAUUAUAAAUUACCGUUUUCACGUAUUAGUUAUAAAUCUAAAUUAGGAAACUACGAUGUAACUGGUACUAUGGUAACUGGUACGUCCGUCGAGUUUCACCGAUAUUUGGAUUUUAAUUCGUGGUUGUACUGUAAUAAAUCCUGCUUCGGACAAAUACCAAGUCGCAAAUCGUAUUGAUAUGCUACGUGUGUUGCUGAUUACGAGACAUACAUUUUUUUUUUUUUGUGGGUCAAAACCGUAAAUACUUUGUAAAUCUUAAAAAUCUAAUGGUCUAAAGAAAAACGAAUCCGGUACUUACUUUGUGCCUCCCAGUUUGUGAACCGCUGGCAUAGACGGUAAACGGGUGGGUACGUAACUGUAUAAACGUGUUUACGGGCGGAGAAUUUUGAAAGAAAAAGCUGUUAUUAUACAAUAUUAUAUCACGAGAUGACGACGUCGACAUAAUUAUUAUCAUAAUGUUAUUGCUAUUAUUAUUAUUAUUUUUUUUUUUUUUUCAUUAUUGUCGCCGAUACAGUGAUAUAGAGAAACUGAUCGAAUUACUGACACUCGACGUGCACAAUGACGUACAGCGAUGAUCGGUGCGAUUGACGAGUCCGAUUAGAUUUUUCAAAAUGUUCGCCGUGCGCUACAUUAUUAUCGCCGUUGAAAAACCGAAAACGAAAUUUACAUAACAUUAUCGGAGAUUAAUAAUAAUUGUCAUUACGACGCGCGCAAGAUAAUAAUAUUAGGGUAUAAAAUAAAAUUAAAAAAAAAUCGUUACGAAAUAUCUGGUCUUUAUCGUCCAAUCGUGGCGCGAUACUCGCGUCACACACGGUGACGUUUUUAUUAUUUUCUAUUUGACACGCCGAGCCCAAGUACAAUACGCGCCGACAAACCAGGUACCCACACCUAUCCAUUAUAAUGUUAUUAUUUUUAUUAUCAUUUUUUUGAUAUUUAAAAUAGAUACGCCGUAAUAAAAUUUCGUAUGGCUAAUGAAAUUUAACCAAACUGACCUAUAUUAAUAUUAUAAACGUCGUGUUUUAUAUUUUUUUACACGCGCAAUAGUUUGUUCAAAAAAACAAAAAACUCAAAAUUCAAUAAUUUAAACGGCCGACAGGUGAAUUUAGGUAAGUCUCUAUUAGAGCUCACUAUUUCACGUGUACACGCUUUCACGCAUUUAUGUGAAAUUAACAUUCGGAUCUAUAAAAUCAUACACAAUACACGUACAUUCGCGUAUUUCACGUUAUUUACGUAUUUACCUACGUGUUUAAGUAUUUCGUGUGAAAACGGAUAAUAAAUUCAUGUGUAUUAAGGUACACAAAAUUUCCAAUCGCGUGUACACAGACUCCGUAUUCGCGUACUUAUUAAUUCAUGGUUUCAAUUAAGAUUUCUGUUACAUAUCUGAGUGCAUGAAAAUUGCGGCUGAAUUUAAAUGCUGACAGUUCGAAUUUUAAGGAAUUGCUAAAUGAUUCGAAAUAACCUGAAGGACAUGUGUCUAGAUUCAGAGAGCCUAUAUCAAAAUUGAAUAGCGGACAACGGCCUAUAGUUAGAAUUUCAAUGGGAUGCGCUUUUUUUUUGACUUCACAGAAUAUUAUUAGAAUUUCCGAGGCAUUUCCACGGAAUAACAUUAGAAAAGUAACGAAAUAUCGUAACCCGUGGUAAGAGUUAUACCAAUAAAAAACGGCUUCCUAGUAAUGUAAACUUUCUUUCUAUAUUAUAAGCUCUCAGCUAACGAUCCCUCAUCAGCAUUUUUGAAGUAUAUCCAUUAUCGAAAAAGUAUUAGUUAUUUAAAAAAUACGAUUUUUAAACCUUUUGAGUUGAAUAUUUCGAGAAUUGCGAAAUACUGACACGGUUAUCCUGAAAAAAUUACCAUCUACACAUUGUAAAUAUACAAUAAUAUAUUUAUAACAAGUUAGGGGUUUUCUCACUAAAACCAAUUUUAAAACCCUAGGUAUUCGUUUGUUUUACGUGAACUCAUUUUUGCUAUAUUGCCUGUUAGAAAGACAUAAAUGGUAAAUGCCACUGUCACGGCUUUUACUUAAAGUUUUAACUGUUACAAAUCGGCACGUCGUUACAUAAAAACAAAUUCGAAUGGAUGUACCUAUCGUAUAGUAUUAUUAUUAUUAUUAUUAAGGUAGGUACGUACAAGUAAUUACAUAAUUUUCCAAUUGAUUCGGGAAGCGAAUUGCGGAAGUUUCGUAAAUGAUGCAAUGUUGUGGCUUAUAACAACUGCACACGCUGACACUGCACCAACUGGCCGACAUCAAAAUAUUAAAGAUACAAAUUAACCAUGUUUUCGACGUGAAACUUGGUGAUGGUAUUUUUUCGCAGUAAACAACAUGCGUCAAAACAUCUAUCCGCCGACUGUAUCCGCUACAGCUCCUUUAUCCUAGAAUACUGUUUCCUAUAUCACAGGAAACCAGGUACCUGGGACCUGGGAACGGAGCCAUGGAACCCUGUAAAAAACUGAUGUCUAGACGUUUUUACCUGUUCCCAUAUCUCAACUUACUUCUUCCGUACCCUUAUUCCCUUAGUAUACUAAAUGUAUUUUCACUUCUCCUGUAUUUUACUUACUCCUGUAUCCUACCCGACAAACUUUGACCAGCAGCUCGUUUAUAUAUAAAACUACACCUGUACACCCGGUACGUAUUUUUUUUAAAUAAUAAUGUGCGUCGGGACACGUAUUUACAAACUCUAUCCGAGUUCGAUACGAGCCGAAACGUAACCGAGUUAGUUUUAAGAGUUUUGGGAAGUUCUUCAAAACAUAAUUUAAUUAUUAAUCCAAACCCAAUACUGCUCCAAGGAAACUAGUGCAUAUCAAAAUACUACCUAAUCGAUUAAACGCGCCACGGGUUUAAAUAAAGCAAAGGAGAAAUGGAAAAACUUAACCUACCAGUUAAUCCAAACCUAAUGAUAAUGCUCCCAGGAAAUUAGUUUUCUAGUUUAAACCUAAAACCUAUAUCUUGGUCGAUGAAAAUUCUGGUUGUGAAUUUAUAUACCACUUAGGUCGGAUAAAGUCUGUACAUAGUUUUUCGUAAACAUUUCCGUUUAAAAAUCAUAUCGUUUGUGAAUGAAAUCGAUCGGAUUUCUGAAUAAAAAUUAUAGCAGGUACCUAUAUGAUAUAUGGAAAACAUCUGGUGGUCAUACCGAAGUAGGUGUAACGAUGAUCGAGAUAUUAAACGGUCCGUUUUCGGAGUAUAUUAUUUUUAUGCGGGAAUCAGCGCGUAAAAAUCCCGACGAAACUAUAAUAGAAUAUUAAACGCACGUAUACCUUUCGCGGAGUGAAAUCUACAAGAAAAGGAGCAAUACUUAAAUAAUAUUUUAUAUCUGUAAUACUAUUCUAAUUAAAUCACCUUCGGCAGUUAUGACCCACAGAGAUACGUGUUGUACACACGGUAACCGAGUGCGAAUUACAAAUUGUGGUAUUUCAUUAUUUACGAAAACCGUUGACCCAGCAGUCAGAGAACUCAAAAUAUACACCGUUACAGCCGUCAUAGUUUUAUAAACUUAUAUACAGAAUAGCGAUGCGUUUAUGAGACGAUGAAUUUUUUUUAAUAGAAAUAAUUGGCUGAAAAGCGGAGAAAAUUAAAAACGACGAAUGAUUUUGAGAUACAAAGUCGGAUUCGUAUUUUUAUUUUUGCAAUCGUUUUUCUGCCAUUGACUGAACUUUUCCACACUUCAAUUUUUCCGUUAUCGAUCACAUUCCCAACCGGGAUUUUUUGAAGGUGGGCGUCACAUUUCUGCAUUCAAACAAGUAAUCAUGUUUUAACACAUUUUAAUGUGUUUAUAGAACUUAAACACGAAUGGAUGGGGGAGGGUGUCCUUGGUCGCACCGCUGUCACGUUCGACACAAUAUUCGUAAUAUACUUUCUUAUUAAACCCGAGAACGCGUUAUCAUAAUAAUAUUAUACGGCGGUUACCGAUGUGUUGCAGAUCAAUACAAUUGCCGUAGUGAUGUCAGUCGUUACUAUCGUAUUAAUAAAGAGCCAUCCGAAUACUAUUAUAUUAAAUUUUAUAGGCAUAGAUGUACGAUGUUUUAAACGAAAACGAAACCGCCGGGAUCAACAUGCGAUCUGCAAAACACGGUGACAUUACGCAUUAUAUAAGUCGGUGUAGUAGUGGCUGUAUUACAUGUCGUGUACAAAUCGAUUCGCAUGCCUGUAAUACUUCGCACAUUUGUCGCGUGCUUCGUUAUUAAUAACACACUAUUUUGAUGUCAAUUCGUAAUUUGCGAUUUUUUUUUUUAUUUUUAUUUUUCACGUCGAAAUAAUAAAUGUAUAAUAUUAUUAUAUAGAUAUUAUUAAGGUCAUCGCCGUUGACCGGCCGGUACCUAACCGCCGCGGAAAACUAGUUUCACGCCGCAUUGGAAACGCCUAGAAACGCUUCGCGCUCCAACAAUACAUUAGGUAUUAUAGGUACUCUCAGCGCGUAAUGCACUGCUUUGCAAAUUGGAUCUAUCAUCCGCGAAUUCAGGUCUGUAGGACAUAGGCGCCGCGGAAUGGAAUACACCGAAAUCGCAUUUUUUUUAUUUUCUUCGUAUAUUUUAAUUGCCGACGACACGAAGAGUAUUCUAGUUGUAUGUAUAAUAGAGAAAUUGAAAAGACAAAUAUAAUAAUUGAAUUUUAUAAUAUUUGCUCAAUCGCUUGAGGUGUAGGCGUAUGGUGUAGACCAUAGAAUAAUAUAAAGAUCCUAGCAUAUGUGCUGCCAUACAUAAUAUAGAUGAAAUUUACUUUUCGGUAGAAAAUUUGUUCAUAUACACAAAACAUAACAAAAAAAAUAUUUCAAAAAUAAGUCUGUGCAUUAUCUGUGCACAGUCUUACAUUUGAUUUUAAUAAGCUUGAUACCGUUUUUUCUAUGUUUUCUACGAUUUUAAAAAUUAUUUUUAACGUUUUAAUAACUAUUUAAAAUUUAAGGCUCUUCUACUAUAAAUUACAGACCGAGCCCAAUACUCCUUUAAGAGGGAAGGCGUUCGGCCGUUUUACAUACGAAUAUACCUUCGCGGGUUUAGGAAUAACUCAUUGUCAACAUAAUGUUUUCUUGCUUUUUUUAAAAAAUAUCAAGGAACAACAACAUUCUAAAGCCACAUUGAACUCCAAUUUUACAUUUGAUUUCAAAUAACAAUAUAAAAAGUUGGUAAAUAAAUUAAAAUUUAUAUUUUUUAAAGACUUAUCAUAAAAUUUAAGAGAGAAAUAUUAAUACACAGAGUUCAAUGAGAUUUGAAUAAAAUAGAAAAAACAUUUUUAAAAAAAUUAAUCAAAAUCAGAUCACUUACCGGGCUUUUCCUGUAAAGCGUGUUUUUGAGUCAAAAAGUGCUGAGCCUCUUAAAUAAAAAGUUGUUUUUCCUUCACUGUCUCAUGAUGCUAUAUAAAAUUAUAUAAAUGUUGUUCAUUUUUUUUUUUUUGAAAUCAUAUACCAAAAACAUCUACCAGUGUAUGUCAAUAACAAAUGAUCAUUUUGAGAUAUUUUGUUAGAUUUUUAUAUUAUUAUUCCUUAAGCGGUUAGGUAUAAUCUUGACAAUUCUUAAAAUUUACGAUUUAUUAAAAUUAAUGUUUUUAAUAUAAUAUACAAUAUAUUAGUGGCGUCAUAAAUGCAGUUGUCUUCAUAUAUUAAGUACCUAGAGGUAUAACGUUUUCCCAUCCUCCGUUGAGUGUGCGAAUGUGUAAUGUAUUGUUACUUCUACUAAUAAUAUUAUGUUAGGUAUAACAUCAAUUAAAUAUGUUAAUAAUAUCCAUGACCCGUCAAUAAUAAAUAAUAAUUAACGAUAAAUAUUUCACGCGGGUAGUGUACUGGGAAUAUAACCUCGAGGACAACGUCCAGUACGGUUGGGAAAUAAAUAAUCGAAAAGGCGUAAUCGCCGCUGUAUGAUAUUAUUAGAGUGGUACGAAGGAGACUGAUAUGUUUUUUUUUUUUUUUUGAUUAUAUAGGUACUUAAAAUCUAAACUUGAUCAAGUUUAAAUAUGAUUCGUUUUUUAUUUUUCUUCUUCUGUAGGUUUUCAAUAUGUUGAAUGGUAUAGGCUACGACUCUCCGUGCAUCUACGCCAAAAAUUAAAAGUUAUCAAAAAAAUAAACCUAUAACUUGACUUUUAACGCUUUGCAAAAGUACUGUCUUGCAUCUUUGCAAAACCCCACGCUCUUAUUUAUUUAUUUGUUAAUGACGGUAAACAAUAACAUCUACCAUACAUCAAAAGAGUCAAUGGUUAAUAUUCGUAAUAUAUAUAUAUGAACAGUGUGAUAAAUAAAUUUUGUCUUAGGGUCGCAUAAAAAAUGUCUUUCGGUAUGGCUUCAAAUGUUCGUAUUGGGCAAUCAUGAAUCCAUAAUAAUAUGUCAUUUGUGGAUUGUUCGGAGAACCCGUAAUCACAAGCUGGAGAUGUAGACAUUCCCCGUUUGAAAAUUACUAUAGAUACAUUACACCGAAAGUUAGUUCUAAGAGCGGUCGAGUAUUGUCCAAUAUUUCCUAUAGAUGUUCAAAUCUGGUAAGUUGUCUGAUAGGCCAUCGGAAUUGACGUCUUAUCUAUUUAUUUGUUCAUUAUCGAACCAUUAUUCUCGUCACCGCAGUCCCUUAUUUGACACUUAGUCGUUCUUUAGUGAUUUCAAUCCACAUCGAUUAACUUAGGUUAGAUUAUAUUCUAACUCAUGUUCUAAUGUUAUCAUUUUUGGAUACGGUCGUUCGUGUGUGCAAUUUAGUUGACAAUAUACACGUGGGCGUCGGAUAAAGUGAAACCGACACGUCUUAUCCGUAGAUCACAUAUUAUCAAUGUUAUUCGAGUUCGUGAUAUUAGUAUUAUUAUACUCAUCUACGCAAGGAUUAUAAUAAUAUAGACCGUCAAAACGUGCACUCCGUCGGUUUAGGUAUAAGUGGUAUAACAAUAAAAUAAUGAAAAUAUUCUAUACCGUUAAUUUGGACACCGUGCAGUCUAAACUGACCUGGAAACUCGUUUUGCUUUCUCGGCUUCUCAGAAUCAUUAGUGUUUUAUUACAUAUUUCCCCCCUCGAAAAUUGAAACAAUUAUUUUUAGUCGUUUUUCGCGGGGUUUUUCAUUUUUUAUUUUCUUAUAUCAGAACAACGGGUCGACUAUGGAAAAAAAAAAAAUUUGAAUUCGGAAUAUUAUAUAUAAUAAUGUACACUUCAACUAUCACGCUCAAUUAUACAUUAAAACAAUCCAAAAAUGUGCCUAUAUUUUUAACGUAAAGGAACCUACGUCAUAUUUUCAAACAAAACUAACGGUUUUCUGGUAAAUAAUUAUCAUUUACCAAUUGUUGUUCUUCUUGUGUAUUAUGUAGGUAUAUCACGUACCUACUAAACAGACAUUUCGAUCUGUCAUUUUUGCAGUACAUAUACAAUUAUUUACCUAAGCAAACGAGAACAAAUUAACGAAAAUAAUAAAGCCAUCGUUAAAAUGAAUUUAACUCUUUAAAUAUUAAAAGUAAAAAUGCAACUAAUUAAAUUUGAUCGUAUAAUAUUCUAAUGAAAAAAAAAAACCUAAGAUUCGAUUCGCAAAUCUUUGACCAGCGGUAUAACAAAACUGGGACAAUGCUAAUGAAAAUUAAUUUUCGAUUUUACGUAAUAAAAACUAAACUAAAGUCGAGAUUCAUUUUUUUGUUUCUUUUUAAAAUUACUUUUUAACGAGUUGUUUUAUUAACGCCCACCGUUAAUUGUAUUAGGUAUUGUAUUCGGUUUGAGUCGAUUCGUUUAGUGUAAAAUCGUUACCCGUAGUUUAAUAACGCGGGGUAAAUAUUAUUUAUGUCAUUAAAAGUCGUUAACCGUACUAUUUGAAAUCGUCGGAGCAAAUGUUUCGCUCAGUCAUCGUUAAACUACUUACACUUCUAAGGAUUAUUAUAUAGAUCCCGGUAUUAACGUUCCCUAUAACUUGAAAUAAGCAACAGUCACAAAUGAAAUUCUCCGAUUCGAUUUUUAUUGUCCAUCAUACAUUUUUAAUAUACUAUAUCUGUUGGUCCUAAAACCAGAUAAUGCUCCAAGAAAGUUUGUGUCUUUACGUUAAACCUAAAAACCUAGUCGAUGAAAAAUUCAGACGAGUUUAGAUGAAAACAACACACAAAUUUGGUCUAUGAUUGCCGGAUUUGAACCCGUCAACGCUGAUUGACACCAUCAUAACGUAUGUCGAUUUGUAUGACACGUUGCCUGCAUAAAACGAAUAACGCCAUAUCUGGUGAAUCGGAGUUGCCAUUUGCGGUCUGUGGCUAUCGUUUCAGGUAUAGGAAAUUACGCGUCCCGGACGGUUGAUCACAGUUAUGUUUCUCGACGACAACGUUUUGUGACCUACACACGUUUGACGAGAAUAACAAUAUCCUCUUCUCUGUAAACCAUUUAUAUUUUAUAUACACAUAAUGUCGGGAAUAUUAUCGUAUUUCACGCAUCGGAGAAUACAAAAAUAUAUUAUUAUGUUUUUAUUGUUCCUUUAUUGUGCUAUACCAUACCUGAUAACAUUUUUGACAUCACUCACACUGUACCUAUAAUACGUAAUCUAAAAAACUAACAGCCAGUUCAUAUUUCAAUCAAUCAAAAUAUCAGAAGUAACCAAUCUGUUUCGAGUGUUGAAACCUACACUGUACCACUUUAAACACCCGUAUAUCACCUUUAAUCACACUUUAAUACACCCGUACAUCAUAUUGAAAAAAAAAGUGUUGAUUAAUUAAGAUUAAUCAACACUAUUCUAUAGAUAUAUACAUAUUUAUAAAAAGAAAUUGAAAAUAAACAAUCUUAUCUUUUAGAUUCGCAGAGUAGUGAGGAGUGCAUUGUAUUUAAAAUAAUGUUUAUUUUGUUUUGUUCUAUCUGUGAACAACUUGUCUACCAGAAAUCUUGCUCCUAUUUUAAAGUGCAGUACUUUUUCUGUAAGAAAAUUUUAUCUAGAUAGUACUUUAAAAACGUAAUUUUUUUGAUUUUCCAAACGGUUUUUUUAAUUAUUGGAAAAAAAAAUCGUACCUUCCCAACUUCAACCUACAACAGUGACCUACCCAUCGUGUAAAGUAUGUCCGUCUUUUUUUUCUUUUGUUUAAAAAAAAAAAUUAAAUAAAUAAUAUUUGAUUGUAUUUAUCGUUUCUCUAUUGUUUUUAUUUUUUUAUUAUUAUUUUUAACGUCAUGAUAUUGUUUAAGGCCGGCGGUGAACCAAAAAAAAAAAAAUUUAUCAUGAAACGUUAAAAAGUAUUGACAUCCAUUUGGUUGGUAUCAUCAUCACUUUUCGACGUUAUAAGAAUUACUCCAGACAUUUUUAUUUUUUGCUGUGUAAAUUAUUAUGUAGAUCGAAUGAAUGGAGACUUCAAAAUGGUGGACAGGGCAGACAAAAUGGAUGACGCAAUGAAUUGUAUCGGGUGGAGGGACAACUCGAUGGCACUAAUAUAGCUUGCAAAGCAGAACAAAAUAUGACUUAUAUUUUAAUGAGUUCGUUUAGUUGUAGUAUGUCGAUUUUAUUAAUUUUAUCAUUAUCUUUGAGAAAAACAGUGUAAUCAUUUUUAUUUAUUGUUUUCUGUAUCUCAAUGAACGAGCUAGUAAUCUCAAGUACUGCUUAAUCCAAUCAUCACAUCCUUCCAGUGUCGUUAGCUCUGUUACACAAGUCAAAAUGGUAGCUGUUACUGCAGCUUCCCUACGUUAGAACCCAUUCUUUUACCGGAGAAAACUAUAGGUAAGACAUGACACUCGGUAUAAUUAAUAACAAUGACACGGUGUUUUCACAAAUGAGGACAAUUCACCAAUAAUUAAUAGUCAUUAUUAUUAUUAAUGAGAACCGUAUUUAUACAAGAAAAAAUUAGUGAAUAUCUAAACAUAGAAAGUCAUUAUUGCAUUAGGAAUACAAUUAUUUACAAAUCAAUAAAAAACACUGCGGUAUGAUCAAAUGUUAAAUUUAAAUAGCGAAGAAAUAAAAAAUUAUUAUUAUUUUCAUUGCACAAUUUUCACGCCCGUCAUAUGAAAAUAAACAUCGUCAAAUAUGGAGAGAAAAAUUGAGAAACGAUUUUUUACUAUUAAAAAUAAAACUAUAAUAUAUUAUUGACGUCACGUCGGGUGUGAAUAAAGAGGAUGCAUGAAUUGUAUAAAAAAAUAUUGUCACCGCAGUAUAUGUAAUGCAGUUUUUCGUUAGAAUGUAUGAUUUUUUUUUAUUCAAAAUAAUGUUCAUAUUACAAUUCAUUAAUUGUGGUUAAAAAAAUAAAAAACUUAUGCUAUUUUUUCUUAAAUUAAUAGCAAUUUUCGAUUUGAAUUUAACAAUAAAAAAUUUAAAAAAAAUCUUAAACCGGGCUUAACUCGGAAUCUUUUAUCCGUAUAUAAAUUACACUAAUAUCUAGUGCUGGAUACAAGAUUUUUUAUGGUGGGUGUUAUUUUUCUAAUAGUGCUCUAAAUUAAUAAUUUUAGAUUUAAAUGGUCAGGAAAAUCAGUUGUGCAAUAGCCUGUAUUUUAGAUAAAUUCUAGAGAGAUGUGAGAUCCUUAAACCCUUGAUACACUUCCCUGAUUUAUUAUCUAUAACCAUGGUUGAAACCCUAUAGUGGAACCGUUAUUAGGUAUUACUGAUAACGUAGUAACACGAUAAGAGAGAUAAUCAUAAAAUAAAUAUUGUUCUUCUAUUAUUCACCCAGUUGAAUCGUGUUAAUACGUUUAGUUAUACAUGAUAUCUGAUAUGUAGGUAAUUAUAAUAUAAAUAAAAAGUUAAAUACACGAAAUGGUAGGUGAUACAGCUUAAAAACAACCCCUCCCCCCCUACUCAAACAACAAUUUUUAAUAUUAUCGAAUUCUUAUAUCCUUUACCAUUUUAAUAUUUUCCGCUCGUUUUUUUUUUUCGUUUAGAGUUAACUCCAGAAAACUACUGUUCUGCAAUAGCAACGAUUGGCUAGAAAUUGACUUAAUUUUCGUUUAUUAUCUUCGUAAUAUCGUUAACACUAUUUCCCUGCUUCGGUAUAUGAUAUUUUGACCGCGUGUCCGCGUUUAACCGUAAAAACGAUCGGGUCGAAAGGUAUACCAUAUAUAUUGUAAGCAUAAUAGAAUAUUAUAAUAUUAUUAUGCCAGACGCGUGUCGUCAUCGCUCGUCCGCAUUUGUAUACAUUAUAUAUAGGUAUAUUUAAUAUUAUAAAGACCGAAUAAUAUACGAGUGCGUAUAUAACGACCAAAAAAUGGGAAUAUAUCACAAUUUUUGCGUCGACUUUCUCCGCGUCUCCAUUGUCCCGAUAAUGUCUCAUACCGGCGCGGCGUGGCAAUGAAAGUCAUACAGACGCGGUGUUUUUUUUUUUUUUUUUUUUUUUUUUUUUUACGAAACCUUUACCGCAUUGGCCAUAGUAGAUAUUAGUAUUAUUAUAUUAUGUUCGUUCCAGCAAGACCGCAUACUCAUUAUACAUAUAGGUAAGCAUUAGUCGCAUUUGUCGAGAUAAAUUAACCGCGACGGCACGACGACGUCGGCCGGGGUUAAUGGCAAUAAUACGGUUUCCUCCACUCUUUUCUUUCUUUUCGUUUUUUUUUUCUUUUUUUUUUUACGAAACCUUUACCGCAUUGGCCAAAAAUCCCCAUGGGUGAUGCCGUCACAAAACGCAACUAUUAACAGAACUUAUAUAGUGUAGUGAAGCUUAUUUGAGCGAACUUAUGUGAGCGAACUGGUAUCAUAUAUAUGUAUAAUACUUAAAAGAUCGUAAGUGAAAACAAUUUUUUUUUUUUUUUUUUUUUUGAGGGGGGAGAGGUGGAAAGAUUAUAAAAUUUGUUUAAUUUGCUUUUUACUUUUUUUUUUCUUUUGAGUUUAUCCAGCUACUGGGAACAUUUUAUCUCACAGCCAAUUCUCCAACCAUCUCUAUCCAUAGCCAGAGUUGUCCAAUUUUAUUCACCUCCUGACGCUUCCACCUUAUCCUCUUGUUUAUAUGUUCCUACUUCAUUUUUGGCCUUAAUUUAAUUUAUAUGCUCAAGUUGUCUGUAACAUUCGAACGUAAGAUAGACGAACCGAGUGAAAAAUGAAAAAAUUGUUAGAAUGGUUUGCAAAUUGUAUCACGUCUACACGAGGUCAAUAUAAGUAUUUUGUCAAAUCUAUACAGGUUUCUUCAAUAAUUUUAACCGAAUUACAAUAAAAACCCUAAAUGUUGUACACUUUACCAUAUUUCUUAAGUUCUUUUUUUACAGUUUUUCAUAAUUAUUAGGAAAACUAUACAGAAAAUCAAACAACUUUCUUACUCGCACAUUCGGAGCGUAGCGAGGGAUCUAUGGUUUUACUAUGAUGUGUGAUUUUUAUUUAUUUUUUUGUUUUUCUGUCUAUGAACAACUUUUCUACCAGAAAUCUUACUCCGAUGUACAAAGUAUAGCACCUUCUCUGAAAGGAAAUUGUAUCUAGUUGGUGUAUUAACGAAGUCAUUUUUUGAUUUCCCAAGAGGUUUUCAUAAUUGGGAAAAAUUAAAAAAAGGGUGAUAAUAUUUACGCCGUGACUUUACCGUUUUCAUUUGUUUUAAUAAUUGAAAACUAUGUUUUAUACCUGAAAUAUUGCCCAAAUAAAAAAACAACAAGAGAUCUUUUUUGCUGGAUUUUGGUUCUUGAUACUCACGAAGAACGUUAUUUUUUAUGUUACCCACGUGUUUUUUAUAAUAAUUAACAAAAUCGGAAUAGUGUAAAAUGAAAACUGACAAAUUUAUGGCGUUACGAUUUCAUUAUUUUAAAUGUUUACGCUUUAUGCAUUCAACCUUCUGGUAUUAGAAGUAUUGUUCCAAUAGAAAAAAAAAAUGAGAUAUUUUUGGUGUAUUUUAAUUUGAUUGGUGAGUUAAAAGUCGUUUUUGAUUUUCCGUAUUUAUAAUAACUGAGAAAAACCGAAAAAAAAACGCAGAAAUAACGGACAAAUUUACGAAAAUUAAUUCUUUUUUUUAUUUUUUAUUUUAUUUCUUUGUUAUAAUCCAGCUUAAAAUAUGCAUAGAGUCUUAAAAUGUUGACAGAUAACUUAUGGUUUCCUUUUCUAGACAAGGUUUUAUCAAUCUAAUUAUUUUCAAAGAUAUCUGUUAAAAUUUGUCUGAAACCGGUUAAUAUACUUAUACAUUUUUAACAAAAUUUACUUUAAGAUUUUUAUAGAUUACAUUUACAGUCAACUAAAUAUAUUUAUUGUAAUACAAAAAUUGUAGACGAGGCAGUGUCUCAUUCGUCUCGUCUGACGACCCGCCACAAUUUCAAUUUCUUUUUACUCGCGCGAACGCGUUUGCGAUAAAAACGGACUUGUUUUAAUGAUUUGCUAUAAUAAUAGUUUAGUUUAAUUUGUCUGUACGCAGAAGCGCAUCUCCGUUAAUUUUUAUCGUUAAAUCGUGUAUUACCUAUUAUAUAGACGUAAUUAAUUAUGUAGUCUGUUUGCAUAUUAUUAUAUUAUGAAUUAUUUCUGAACUAAAGGUGCGAUUCGCUAAAUAAAAAGACAACAAUCGGUAAAACACACGAGUUCUUGUAUAUUAGAGCCUCCUAUGUCACAUUCACAUUUAUCGAAUCAAUAAAACCGCGUUUGUUCACGUGGAAUUAUUCACAUGUACAAUGUAUUUCACGUACUAUCCCUACGUAAUCACGUGGAUAACUAACGUAAACACGGAUAGUAAAUUCGUGUGUAUUAGAUAUACGUGAGGACAUAAUUUUCAUUCACGUGUACACGGACUCUGUUUUCGCGUACUUAUUGAUUCGCAUUUUCAAUCGAGACCUUUGCAAUAUAUUAAAUUAAAUUACGUUUUUAACGUACUGUGUCAGUUAUUAUAUCACACUCGGCGGCCCUUUCUCGAAUUAGCGUCACUCAAAUAUAUAUACAUAGAUAAUUAACCAAUUAUAUUUUCGAUUUUAAAUGUUCAUAUAAGUGUUUGCACGUGCAAUUGGUGUCGGUAUUGAAAUAGAAUUAAUUAGUGAUAGAAAAGUGGUAGUGACGGAAAAAUAAAACUGUAUCUAAUCCGAUCGGACGUUUGCUAUUUGAAAUGCAUUCAAGUGCAAAGAUCUCGGAAACAUCGGUAUUCGAAAAUUUUCGUUUCGUUUUUAAAGCAAAUAUCGCGGAACAAAAUCCGACCGUCUCCCGUCUCUGUAAUGUAAACUGUAAAAAAGUUUUAUAUUGGUAGUAGGUACCGUUGACACAAUUGGUAUAUUUACUCGGUCUGUGUCACUACAUAACUAUUAUCGCCCUGGCGAUAAUAUUGUUCCUAAGAAAACGGUUAUUCGUUUGUAAUUUUUUUUUUUUUUUGUAGUUCCUCAGAGUUUUUUUUGUCAAGGCGAUCCUAGAGAAAAAUAAUAAUAUUAUUUCCAUCGUACGCGCGGUAAUAUUAUAGCGUGUAUCACCUAUAUUAUAGUAUAUACCUACAAUAAUUAUUCGUUCUCGGUGUAUUUUACACGGAUCCUUGGGUUUAUUCUAGAGCAUUUUUAUUAUUUUUAUUUUAUCUGAUAGUGGAUCUAGGGCAUGAAGGUGAUCUUUUAUUACACAAGAUUUAUUACGUGUUUAUUGUCCUUCGAGUGUACAUGUUCACCGUUAAUAUAAUACAAAUUAAGGUUCAAAAAUUAAUAUUAUUACAUGGUAAAACUGCACGUUUGACGUUAUAGUCCCGGUUUACAUAGCGGGCAAAAAUGCAUAUAGUACUUGGAUAAUAAUUAUCAUAUUAUAAUUUUUUUUUUUUUUUUUUAAACUUAUUUUCAAACUAUUAGUACUGUUAUAUUAAAUCAUAUUACCUCACAGUGAUUCAAGUACAUUAAAAAUUUAAUCUACUUGUAUUUAAUAUUCCUUUAUUUUAUAUUUUUAAUUUCGGUUAAAAUAAAUUCACGAAUCGUACAAUUGAGAAUUAUCUUCGAAGGUUUAAAGCAUUAUGUUUACUAAAUUAUAUGUUCUCUAUUAUUUUAAAAACUAUGGUUUUAACAUAUUAUUAUUUCCAAAAGUAUGAAAACAUGUAAUAUAUUGUACCUUCGGUCAAAAUGCUUACCUCCACCAAAAUAACUGGACAUUGUUUACCCUGUAUUGCUAAAUUCAGUUUUAAAUCAAUUUUAUUAUAAACACAAUAUUUCAAAACUUGUGUGUUUUCUGAAAAGAUUUGACAAAUGGUGCUACCCGAUUAUUGCACAAAACCCUUCAAUUGCAGUUCCCGUACCUGGUCGACUAUAUAAUAUCAAUGUUAAUCAUUUGCCUAAAAAAAAAAAAAACAUUUUUUGUUCGAUCACCGUUAUUAAUUAUUCGGUGUUAUCGUUACAGCGNCGAUUAUUGCACAAAACCCUUCAAUUGCAGUUCCCGUACCUGGUCGACUAUAUAAUAUCAAUGUUAAUCAUUUGCCUAAAAAAAAAAAAAAAAAAUCGUUUUUGAAAACGUGCAAUGUUUGGUGUGAAUCGCUGCAAAACAGUCGUGUCGUAAAAACGCAAUAUUUGAGUUUCUAAACUACAGGAAACACGUUAAUUAAAUUUAAAAAAAAAAAAAAACAUUUUUUGUUCGAUCACCGUUAUUAAUUAUUCGGUGUUAUCGUUACAGCGUUCGAAAUUUUGCGUCGAUUUCGUUUUAAUUUACGUGAGUGACGCCACCGAUAGAGAACAAUAAAACGGCUGAGAAUUUCUCCGCGAGAAUUCCAUUUCGGAUUUCCGACAUUACCCUAUACCUGCGCCGUGUAUUAUGUUUUCGCGUGAAAUAAGUACUACAAAACGACCGAAACACGAACUGACAAGAAUAAAAUACAUAUGAAAAAAAAUCGAAAUCGAAAUUGAAAAAGUGGUGGUUUUUAUACGUACGUCGAAAUCCCACGGAGAUAUACAUUAUGGCUAUAUCCGUUUUACCGUUUUUAUUAUUAUUGUUUUCUCACAUAUAUAAUAUUAUUAUAUGGGUAAACGGCAAGCGGAUCUUGUGUGAGGACGUUCGCAACGUGACCUAUAAUAACGUGCGAAUUGUAAUAAUAAUUGAAUUCUCCCUCCUCCCCUCCCCCUUCCCCCUCACCGUCAACAGUCGGCAGAGGUUCAUCGCGCGUGUAUUACCGACCGUGAAAAUAAAAACAUCCGAACCGAGACAUUACACGGUACAAUAAGUAAGAUCAUUAUAGGAGCUGCAGAUAUUAUUGUACUGGCCCACGGGUCACUUCGAUCGCCACGGCCUCUGCGGUAGAUAUGCGGAACGGUAUAUUUUCGGGGAUUACGUGCAAAAAAAAAAAAAACACGCGUAGUAUAAGUAGCAUAACAGUAUUAUACGUAUAUUAUUUAAAAUCGUCUCUGAUUUGUAUGUGAUUCGGCCUCUGUGUAGUACCAAUAUCCCACCCGCGUAUUUACAGACUCUAUUAUCCGAAUUUGACCCAAACCGAAACGUAACCGGGUUGAUUUUAGAAGUUUUAGGAGGUUUUAUAGGGAUUCUACAAAACAUAACACAAUGUACCUGGACACUUGUCGAUCAGAUUACGACACUGCUCCAGGGAAGUGUAUUUUUAAGUGUAAACGUACUACCUAAUCCAGGGAUGAUAAAUACGGUUUGUUCAAUGUGCCGAUUUAUCAUAUAGUUUUAAAAAAAUGUUCAACCGUGCCGUUGUUACUUUUAUAAGUGCGAUGUAUAAUAUUUAAGAUAAUUUCAAUGUAACAUUAUUAAUAUUAUUAUUAUUUAUUAACACAGCGAAUUUAUUUCAAAAUAUAGAAUAGCUAAUGUAAAAUUAAAGGUAGGUAGUAAGUCAUUAUAAAAAAAUCGAACUUUUAUUGUUUGUUUGUAAUCUUUGGUACCAUUUUACUUGAUAGUUUUUCAGGUAUGGGUGAUAUAUUUUUAAUUGCAACUUCCUCGUGUUAAUCUGUUUAUAGUAUUAAAGUGUCCAUGAUUUAAUUCAGAAUCAAAACUCAUAAACAUAAGUUGAAAAGAAAAUUUUCGACAGAAUAAUAAAUAAAAUACCGAUUAUUAAUACUCAAUCAAAAAUUUAGUUUUGUCAAUGUGUGUUAUCUAAAAAUCUAAAAACAAUUAUCUAAUGUGGACACAUGAAAGUCUUUUCAGUGUCAUCGUAGUAUUUUUUUUAUAAGUGUCAACAAUUUAUUUUUCAUAGUGAUUAAGAUUCGAAUUCGAUUUGUGUACAAUGAAUUGUUCAUACUUUUGUUUACAGUAAACGGCCAAGUAAAGUGCACCGGCACGAAAUGGGCGAAUGCCGAAUUGGAAGCGGCCGAUGAACUCUCAGACAUACAGAUAUACAAAUCCGUUGUGCACUCAAUGGAAGAAUGGAAACAACAGAAGAGUACAUCGAAAAGGUGAUAAUAAUUGUAUAUUAUAUAUAGGUAUGUUCAUUAUUUAGAACAAUAAUAUUCUGAUAUUGUUGAUCACACAAGUGUGCUACAUGCCUACAUUGUUAUAGGUGGUAAAAUGGUAAGUUAAGGAGAUAGACUACAUAUUUGUUUAUUUUAUAUCUUUGUGCAACGAUAAAUCAUUGAACAAUUUUACCACGUCUAUAAAAGAUAAAUAUAAGUUUUCUGUCAAAAUUUCAAAUCUCGACGAUUAUUUUAAACUGAAUUACAACAAAAAUACAACAUUUAAAUUAAUGAAAACAUUAUUUCCGUAAACUUUUCUGUUCUUUCUGAGAUUAUUUUCCGAUUUUUCUCUAUUAUUUAAAAAACUACAUGGAAAAUCAAAAAACAAUAUACUUUCUUAACGGUUAGAUCUAAAAUGAAAUAAAAAAAGUCUCUAGACAUUUCUUGAUCUCAGUAAAAUUUAUAUUAAAAAACAUAGUGCGUAAUAAUUUAAAACAAACGACGCAGUUUGCCGUAAAUGUUGCCGUUUUCCCAAUAAUUUUGAAAACCCCUUGGAAAAUCAAAAAAUUACCUCCUAAAUGCAUCAACUAAAUCAAAAGUACAACAAAAGAUAUAUUUUGUCACUUUUUAUGAAGAGUACGCUCCUGAGCAAUAUCAUGUUCGAAUAGUUUUUUAUAUAGACAGAAAAAAACACAUAUCAUAGUAAAACCAAUUAAUCCAUCGCUUUGCUCGAAAUCUAAAAUAUAUACGAGUAUAUUAUGUAUGUAUAUCGUAUAUACGAGUAUAUAAAUUUAACUGGUCGAGUUGAAAGUUAAAAUGUAAAGGUUAAACUAGGUUAAAAAAACAACCAACAUUAAUUAUUGGCGUUAAUAUUAUAUAAAAUACAAUCAAUUUUUUAGUAUAAAUUCCACUAUUUAUGCUCCUACCUUUUUACUAUGCUCUAUAUGAAUUAAUAUAUUGUUAUGCGAUAAUUUCAUAGUAUGGACGAAUACACAAUUUUUAAUGCACAUUCGAUUAUUGGGGAACGGGGACAGGAAAACAGACUCAAUCGUUCUGCUUCAACUUAACUGGAUGUCUAUACAAAAUAUCAACAGUAAAACGUCGGUUUUAUAAACUGAACCGAAACUAGUUAAAUUAAUUUAAGUUACUAAAAAUUAUAAAUAACAAUCCACUAUACAGUUGGGUCAACAAUUUAAAAAAACGUACACCAUUUUUAUUUGGUGCCAAGUUAUUGUGCAAAUCACACGAAAUAAACAAAUUCUGAUCAAACUGGUAAUACUACAAGUAUUAUUAUUUUUAUACAUAUAUACACUAUGCAUAAAUUAUAAAUAUAAUUCUUACGUGUUUGUUCGUACAUAUUUUUUUCCGGAAUACUUAGUCAAAUUAAUAUAUUUAUUAUGCAUUAAUUUGAAUGGUCUUAUUCAAUAUUAUGAACGCUCGCUACAUUUUAGUGUGCAAUUUUACUACGUUUUUUUUUUUUUGCAUAUUUUGUUUUAGUACUUGUAUUUAUCGUAUAAAAUAACGCAAUGUUUAUAAAUUAAAUGUUUUGUUUUAAUUUCCCGAGUAUACGUUUACACGCCACGUAAUAACAUAAAUAUUAGAGUGCAACACCGAUUUUUAAAAAAAAAUUGUUUAUUAUUAUUCUACAGGGAAACGAUAACUCACAAUAUACAAACAUUGCAACUUUGUGAGCUAUUUUUUUUUUUUUUAGUUAUCGUAAAUUAUCUUUAUUUAUUUAUUAUAAUAUUAUAAUCAUAGGCAUUACUCAUUAGCCAUAAAAAUUAAAAUAAGUAAAACGAAAAAUGAAAUAUGUGGUAAAUUGAAUGACAAAAUUGAGUACUGUGUUGGUAAAUCGAUGAAAAACAACCUGAAAAAAAUUUUUUUAAAAACCAUCCAUGAACAGCAAAGCUCCGUCGCUAGAGUCAAAUUUCCCCCAUACCUAUUUUUUAUUAUAGAAAAUAAUAACCUUUUUAAAACAAUGUACAACCAAACAUUACUAUCCCAUGAAGAUAUACUCACUUCAGAGAACUUCAGAGAAAAAAAGUGUACAGUCAAUUAUUACCUAUAAUAAUAGUAACAAAAUAAUAAUAAUAAUAGUCAAUUAACAAAUGCGAUUACAGCCUGAUGCAUAAUUAUAGGUAAUUGGAAUAAUAAUUAAUACAGCAUAAUUAUUAUUAUUAUUACGGUUAAUAUUAAAUGUAAACUUUUUUAGAUUCUGAGUGGAGCGAGGAAUUUAUUGAUUUUACAAAGUUUAUUAUUUUUUUAUUUUUUUAUGUGUACACUUUUUCUACUAGAAAGCUUACUCUGAUGUAUACGAUGUAGACCUUUUUCUGAAAGGAAAUUUUCUUUGGGUGGUACUUUGUGGUGUCAAUUUUUAAUUUUUGUGGUAGUUUUCUCAAUAUAUUGGAAAAACCGGAAAAAAACGGAGGAGCGGGGUAAUAGUUACAAAAUUAAACAAAUAUUAUUAAAGAAAAUAUUUGUUGCAUAUGUAAUCAUUUUACUAUAAUAUGAUAUAUAUAUUGUUGAUAAAGUAACACUAUCAACUGAACUCCGCUCAAAAUUGUUUUUUUCAUGAGCAAUGGUUUAUCGUUGCUUACAGGUAUACAUUAAAUUCCUGCUUGUAUCCUACCUUCUCAACUUUCCACCUACAACAGUCGUUGCAUCCAUGUACGAAGUAUAUGUCAGUCUUUUUUUUCUGAACUUCAAAAAAUUAUUGAAAAUUACGAAUUUAAUGAAAAUUAAAAAUUAAAACGUCAAAAUGUUCAAAAGAAUAAUAAACUCUAUAAUUUACUACAAUUUUUUAAAAUAAUUUAAUUAAAAGUAAUUUUUUUAAUUGUUUUGCCCAAUCAUAAAAAUGGAAUUCUAACAUAAAUAUUUGUGUUCCUUAUCCCUGUGAGUAAUAUAUAUAAAAAAAAAAUUGUUUAUCUUCAUUACCUCAGGAAAUAUUAUGUUCAUAUUAUCUUUGUGGACCGUCCUAUAUUACUUACCAUUUAUUUAUUACUUACAAACAAUUGGCACUAACAAAUAUGCUAUAAUAAUCAAAAUUGUAUCUUCAUAAUUUCACUGAGGGGAGUUCUGUAGGGACCCUAUGAGAAUGUAAACAUUUUAAAAAUAUAUUGUUUUUUUCAUUACAAGGUUAUACAAAUAAUAUGGUUUUUUUUAUUUAGUAAAAAUAUUUUGUCAAAACUAAGAAAACGCCUGCACUCUCCCCAAAGAACAUACUAAAUUCAUCUUAUUGAACUUUUUAAUCAGACUUUGACCACAGUCCACCGAUUAAACAACUCUGAUUUCCGAAGUUUGGUUCAGAGGAAGCUGCUAGAAGUAUCCAGAAGUACUGUGAAAAAUAUAUCAGACCCAAGUACUGACAAGAAAGCUUGACAUUUAUCUAUGUUUUUAGGGAAAAUUCGGUGAAAUGUUCAAAGUGGAAAAUAAGUUAAGCAUUGAAAAUAAAAUAAACUCGAUUAAAUCAAUUUAAAUGAACAAGCCUCCAAUUAAAAGUAAAAAUGCUGAAAAAACUGGGUUAAAAUAUAAGUUAGGUUUUGUUUUUUCGUCUAAUGUAAUAUUUAAAUGUUUACCAUGCAGUGGCAAAAUCCACAUCGGUAGCGGUAGAGUCGAAUUCGACUACCGAUAAGUAAUUAAAAUAUCGAAAAGGUCAAUCGUUUUGUGAUUCGGUAAUAGCUAGUACGAGCUCGUAUAUCUACGCUUACGGGGAUGUUGCGAGACAAUAAUAAUUACCACUAGCGAUCUAAGAACUAUAAGGUUAUCCCUUACACAAUGUCUACAAAAUACAAUAAAAACAAAGAAAUUUACCGUGAGUAGUUUAUUAUUAUUAGGUACAUUAAACUUACCGUACACUACAAGAUGCUGAGUGAAGAGAGAAAUUGAUGUUACAAUGAUGUUUAUUUUUUUUACACACUGUGUACACAAUUUCUCUAAAAAAUUUUGCUCCAACCAAAACAUGAUAAGUGACCUGUAUUGUUUUAUAUUGGCUCUAAUUGGUACUUUAGAAAAGUUAUUUUUUGAAAUUCUCACUUAUAUUCGAGAUAAUGAGGAAAAACUGGUUCUUAAAGUUAAAAAAGAUUAAAUUAUUAAAAUUAGAGUUGUUAUUGGCAACUGUUUUAUUUAUUUUUUGUUAUUAUUAAGUGCUUAUUAUUUUAAUUGUUUAAUCAUUUUUAAAGAAUCGUUAUCGUAAAAACGCACAUUGUUAAAAAAAAACAAUACUAUUAACCGAGCUCCGUUCAGAAUCGUUUUUCGUUAGCGAUGAUUAACCGUUGCGUACCUAAAUAAAUUUCCCUCUAUAUCCUACCUUCCUAACUUCUGAUCUAUAACAGUUCUUUCGUUUGUUUUUCAUAAUAUUAUGUAACUAUAGUUUAUUCAAACCAUUAUAAUCUACGCGUAACAUGUUAAUAUCAUAAAUUAUAGUUUAUCAUAAACGAAUUGCAUACUCUUGUAAACUGGAUAUAAUAUCGAACAAAUAAAAAAUAUAAUGUCCAAAUUAAAAUAAAAACAGAAAUAUCUACCUGUAAUCUACUAAAGUUUUAUUAUUAUCCACACUACCGUUUUUUUUUUUUUUAUGUAUAUAAAAUGUAUAUAUAUAAUUGUUUAUCUUUCGACAGACACAAAAGAGCAGAAACAACCGCUUGUUAUCCGGAAGUAGGCUGCUUCGAUACUUCGGGCCCUUACGGUUACAUCGGAAUGGUACCAAACCAUCCGGAAGAGGUAAUAUCCGUAAUAGUGUCGAUAAUAAUUGUUGUCUCGUUGACGCCCAUCGACUGCGAUAACUACGUGACGACAACAUAACUUUCAACACGGUUUUUAUUUUCAGGUCAACACGAGAUUUUUGUUGUACAGUUCGCGGAGGAGCCGACGGGACACGCCGCUGUUGGACGUAGCCUUCACGAAUAUGACCGCCAUCUGGCAUUGGGCCGGUAAAGCUUUCAAUGUAUCAGCGCCGACCAAAGUCAUCGUUCAUGGAUUCGGCAGUUCGUGUUCUAACGUGUGGGUGUACGAAAUGAGAUCCGCCCUCAUGGACGUGGUAAGGACAUCGUUAUUAUAACACCCAGUAGUUAGUAACCUGUUUAGUUUACAUCCUGUCACAUAGAGCAAUGAUAUCUAAGAAGGCCAAACUAAUGUUAAGUUUACAAAUUAUACAUUUAUCCACAAAAAAACUAAUCGGAGAAAGAGUGCAAGGUAAUUUUUUGUCAUGACCCAGCAAUUUUAAGUGAAUUCGAUUUCUGUAUUUUUUUUUAAAUCAUAUGGUAUUGUUUAAGCUUUAUUUUGACGCUAUUUUAAACGUGUACACCUACUUCUUAUGAUAAAUACUUCCCUAAUUCUUUGGUCAAAAACUUUAAACUGUUAAAACUCACAAAUAUUAAUAUUAAUGUUAAGCAUAUCACGUUCGGAAUCGUUUUUCGUCAGCAAUGGUUUAUCGUUACUUACAGAUAUAAAUGAAAUAACCUUAUAUAUCCUACCUUCCCAACUUAUUAUCUAUAACAGUGGCUGCACCCGUCUCCAGUAUCAGCUGUUAUUAUUCAUGUGUUAUAUAUAUUUUAAAAUUACCGGAUACGUUUAAAAUAUUUAUUGAUCUUACAUUAAAUAAACAUCGCAUUAACAGACAAUUACUAGUAAUUUACAGUUUAAUAAUACGCAUAUAAUAUAAUAGAAUAUAUUGAUAUAAUGUCAAAAUUAUGUAACAAUCGAAACAUCAUUUAAACAUAUUAGGUUAUACAUUAAUUGAAAACAUUCAUUUAACAUACAAUAAAUGUUUCAAAUACAAAAUAUGGAUAAAUAAUUUAAAAUUUUGUUAAUAAAUAUAAAUCUUAACGAUUCCAUAAUAAUCGAACAAAGCAGAAAACAAACUCACUUAAAAUUCACCGAAAAAAUCGUUGAUUCAUGAUAAAAACUGCAAUAAUGUAAUAAUAACAUUAAUAUUGCCUUUGAAGAUUGAUAUUACUACAUAAAUCGACUAUAACUAAUAAAUAUAUUAUAUAUUGACUAGAAAAUGUAUGGCAUGUAUGCAGAUGAAUUGGAAUGAGGUUACAAAAAUUGAUUCAAACACUAUCGAGACGUCCUCUUAAAAGGACGUCACCACACUCACAUCUUCUAUCGAAGUCUAACUAACGGGUGACAUAGCAAAAUAAUAUACCUUAGAACAAAUAAAUUGUGACAUGUUUAGGUUGAAAUUGGAGUUUAUACACAAAUAACGUUGUUUAAAGAGGAGUAUAUUUUCGAGGGCUGUACAUAGUAUUUUUCUAACUAAUUGGUAUACAAUACAGUGACAGCUAUUUUAAAAAUGGGAUUAUUAAAAUGGUUGUAACUGUUUUGAAAAAUGUUUAGAAAAAAGUUAAUUAUAGCUUUAAAAAAGUAUUUCUUUUUUAAAUUUGAUAUCUUGUAUUUAAACUCGAAUUGCAACCUAAACGACACAUUCAAGUUCUAAUUUGAUUUUAAUUUUGCCUUUUAGUCAGUCUGAGAUAGUAAAUGUCCGUGUAUGCUGUCACAGUCUUACAAACAUACGACAUAACAAAUUAACGUUUAACAGAAACGCUAUUAGUUUUAAUUUUAAAGUAAUUUUUCCUGUCAUCAAACUUAAAGAUAAGAAUAUUUUCUGUACACCAUGCAACUAUACAACAAAUUUUUAUUUUCAAUAUUUUAAUUUUUAAACGUGAUAUAGAUAUUUUUAAUUCAUGCCACUUAGAUACCUACAGGUACUACCGGAAAAUAAAAAAGGAUUUACUGUGUUUUAAGGAAGGGGGGGGGGGUUUAUAAAUUUGGGAAAAAAGGCAACAAAAAAUGACUUAUUUCUUGCGAAAAAAUAGCAUUGGUUUGCUCAAAUCAGUUUCCAAUUUACGGAUUUUAAGAAAACGGACCUCUAAAUGUACCAGUUCACCGAUUUUUCACCGAAAUAAUAAUUGUCCUUAAUGAAAAUUAAUUUUUGACAGGAACUGAAACUUUUGAAUUUAUCAGUAUUGGUUCCAGUGCAUGUUCUCCAAAAGUAAAAUUACUGUUCCGGUUCCGGUUUCAAACAAGUUUGGUCCUGGUUCUAGUAUUUAAUUUUUAGUAGGCACAUAAUAUAAAUGUAAUAAAAUUAUUAAUUUUUUUUUUUUUUACUUCUAUUGGCUAUAAUUUGAAACGUUGUAUUGACCACCUACAGUUUUUGUAUACUCUGGUUCGGUUCCGGUAGUUUAUUAACUAAAUAAAGGUUUCAGUUUCGGUUCCUGUUUUUAAUAUUUUAAAGGUACCGGUUCCAAAACCGGUUCUUUUAGGUUAGGUUCCACUCCCUGAUUUUCGAUGUCAUGAAUUUGUAACUAACAAUAGUAUAAACACAUGUGAUAACACAUGUGUGUCCUCUUAAAUAUUAUGAGCUCAGUCGUCCGUUGUUCUUAAACAACUACUUGUAAAUGGAUUUCGAUGGUUCGAGGAAAUCGAAUUCGCCACAUCCAAUAUGAUAAUACCGUAUUAUUUACAAUAUUAUUGUUGGUAUUUGUGAACAUAAUUCAAUAUAAUUUUUCUAUCUAUGCCGUCCCGAAUAAUAUUAUUUACUGGGCGACGGCUGAAGGACACCAUAAUAUAUAAUAUGCCACCUUGUCAAUUUCAGUAGGUAUAUAAUUUUAGAGAACACAAUUAUUGUUAUUAUUGUAUCAAUAACAAAUUAGGUAUAGUAAAAACGUGUGUUACUUUCACGCCGGCUUUGUGAAUUAUUAUUAUUCAUUAUAUAGGUAGUUUAGAGGCAUCGUUGAAAUUCGAUAUGGCACAUACCGGGUGACUGGUUACAAGUCAUUUUCGCAUGAAACAACGAGCGAAAAAAAAAUUAAAGCGACUCGAAAUGAAACGGGUUUUGGGUCAUCCUUCUUUUUUCGAUACAUAAUACUUAUAUGCAGCUUAAAAUUAUAGUCCAAUUUUCUAUCUAGGAGUCCGAUCGAUGAAGUGAUGUGAUAGGGAUUCUGUAAAAAAAACUAUUUUAAUUCAGCCUACAGUGUAUACGAGAUCGACCCGGCCAUUUUUUUCAAUUUAAUUUUAAUUUCUUACGAAAUUUUCAAAAUUAAAUGUUUAGAAACUAAAGACUAUAAUUCGAAAAAGAACCAUGUCUGGUCUCGUAUAUAUUUGACUCUAAAAUUAAAUCUGUUUUCAACAUAAGUGUGUGUUAAUUUUUUGUAAAGUGAUGGCUAUAGUCCUAACAAAAUUGUUUUCAUACACUCAUAUGUGCAUGUAUAUAUAUACAUUCAGGUAUGGGCAGUAGUACAUUAUGAUGAUUGUUUUAAAAUGGCUUCUAUGCCUUGUUAUGCACCAGGUUGACUGCAACGUCAUCUGCGUAGACUGGGAGGCCGGGGCCAUAAUACCCAACUAUGUGCGGGCCGCGGCCAAUACCAGGCUAGUUGGCAAACAGGUGGCCAUGCUUAUAGCGGGACUGGCGGCCAAGGCUAACCUGCCCAUCGAAAACGUGCAUCUGAUCGGUUUCAGUUUGGGCGCGCACGCAGCUGGCUACGCUGGCGCUGAGCUCAAGAAUCUAAGUCGGAUCACGGGCCUGGAUCCUGCCGGACCAUUGUUCGAGAACCAGGACUCCAAGACUCGACUGGACUCGACGGACGCCAAGUUCGUGGACGUAAUCCACUCCAACGGCGAAAAUCUCAUACUGGGCGGUCUUGGCGCCUGGCAGCCCAUGGGACACGUGGACUACUAUCCGAAUGGCGGUCGAAUGCAAAAGGGCUGUUCUAACUUGUUCGUCGGAGCCGUGACGGACAUAAUUUGGUGUGAGUAUAUCAUAGGCAAAGCCAAAGAGUAAAGUAAAGUUAGAUUAGAGAUAGAAUGUUCUAUCUGUUAACAUGGUUUCGACCAGAAGACUUGCUUCAAUCAUUAAAAUCAUUAAAUGAAGUUUCUGUUAUAAUUUUUGAUGUAGUGAGUGUCAUUGGUAUGCCAUUACUUAAAAAUGGCUUUAUUAGUGGAAAAAAAAAUGUUUGAAAACCGGGUUGUGUACAAAGCAGGCAGCGAUCUAAAAUGUAGCAAAUGUUUGGUAGUCUGAAAACAGAUAUUUAAAUUACAGUUUCUAUGUGACAGACAUUCACUUGAAUUUUGAACUUUAUUUUAUUUCUAUAUGUCCCCUUAUUUACACUCGAGGAAAAACGACUUUAACGUAACAACAACCAAGUAACCAAAUUCCACUUAGAAUCGUUUUGGAUCUAUAGUUGCUUCGGUACACAAAGUAAGGUACCUAAUAAAUUCUCGCCUACCUAUUAGUGGCUUAUAACCUUGGCACCCUCUUUUUUCUUUCCCGGAUUACUGUGAUAUUAAUUACGGUAAACCACGUGUGUGCGCACAUAUUGUUAGAUCAAAAACAUUUCUAUAUGGACAAAAAAAAAACCCCUGCGAUUGAUACUAAUAUAUUAUCUCAGAAAACGAUUAUAGAAUUGUUUUGAACACUCUAGUACUCUACAGGUAUCUGAUGUAUACAAUUGGCACAGGUACAUAUUAAAAACACGGUCAACACGGUUGUUUGCGUUUAAAAAAAAAAACAAUAGGUAUAUCGAACCGUAUAGGUAUGUGAAAUUAUUAUUAUAGAUAGGUAAGUGCAUAUACAUUAUAAUUUGUAUACUGAUAUAUUUAUCCGUAUUGAACAACGAUGCAUGUUCUCGCGAAAUAAUUUGACCUUUAUGGAAAUUACACUCGAUUACCCAUAUUCUACACCUAUCUAUAUCUAUAUAACACUAUGCGUGUAACAGACAUAUUAUAUUUAAUAUUGUUGUGAGGAAAUCUAUACACUAUUGUGCAUUCCGACCGGUAGCAUUCUUGAAAACACGAAAUACCGUAAAAAAAAUACUUGUGCAAUUAGAUUAUCAGUAUAACUAUAACAAUAUAAUACCGUUUAGCCCGCAUUGGGGUUGGCUGCGGUUUAGAACCGGUUAGCCAUAUUUAAUCUGUCUGUACCGCAUGUGAUUAACCGGUACCUAUAGCUAAUAUACCAUUGUACCGGUCGUCGGACACGUGAAAAUAAUAAUAUAAGUACAGAAAUACCUACGUAAUAUCGUUGAUUAUAGAAUAGACAAACAGCCCGUGGUAUAGAGAUACCUGACGACUAAAAUUAUAGUUAUGCGGGCUCCCGUGAGAUAGCGCAGUAAUAUUCUACAAAAUUAUUUUUGCUCUCAACAAUAAUAAAUAUUUACGAUAUCGAUGACGUGGGGGCGGCGGCCAGUAGUAGGUUUAACUGAUUAUUUGUGUAGGUAUAUAAAUAAACACUAGGUAUAAUUAUAUUGUUUCCAAUAUAAUAUAUAAAAUAACAUUACCUAAACAACGAUUGAACAACACUUUUCUAGGAAAAAAAAUUAUAAUCGGUAAUUUUUAAUAUUUAGUCAUUUACUUGCUAUAAUAAUUGGUAUAAUUAAUUAAUAAUUCUAUAGAUUGGUAUUUACAUAAAGACAUUAAUUUUCAUACUCACAUACUAAAUAAAAUAAAUACCAUGUACAAAAAAACGGACAUACUUCGCACGUGGACGCAGUCACUGAUGUAAGUGGGAAAUUAAGAAGGUAGGAUACAGAAGGGAAUUUAAUGUAUAUCUGUAAGUAGCGAAAAACCAUUACGUACGAAAAAAUGAUUCUGAGCGGAGUUCAGUUGAUAGUGAUGUUUAAACAAAGACUAAAGAAGUAUAAUACAAAGAUUAAUAGUUAAAAGAAUAUAUUGAAAUCGAAAUUUAUUUUAUUUUAAUACAGCUCGAUCUACAGAAUUUCUUUUUCGACAAUGUGCGUUUCCAUAACAACAAUGGUUGUUUAGAAAAAUAUUAAAAUAAUAAAAAUUGAAUUUCUCAAAAAUCGUUCCAAAUUCACUCGGUUCGAAAACAGCUUGUUUGACGUUAUAAUAUUACAAUCAUAAUGAAUUCUUUUAUGCGUGAAAACAAACGAUGCCAUUAAUUUCGAAUUGAAUUAAAAUUAUUAUAAUAAUAUUAUACACUUUUUUACGAAAUGGACUUGAAAAUGUCUAUUAAGUGUUUGAUUCAAACAAGAUUUCUGGUAGAAAAUUUGUACAGACACACAUCAUAGUAAAAUCAUAGUAAAAUGAUUUCAUAUUAAUAUAUCAAACAUCAAAUGCUAGCCUUUUGGGAUAAAUGUUGAUAUAAAAAUUAAACAGAGCCGUCUCUCUUGAUUUGAAUGUCAAGUGUGCAAAGUUUCAUCUACAUCGGAAUAAAACUGUAGAUUGUUAAGUGGACAGCCAUGCAUACAGACUUACAAAUUGUAUACAUAAUAUUUUUAAUAUUAAAUGUUUAAGUAUUUUUGUACAAAUUUCAUGGUUACAUAACAAAUACUUAUGAUAGUAUAACACGGUAACACGGUAGAACUUUACUUGUAAAUUUAUUUGAUAGGAAAUAUUUAAAUAUUAUUUACGAGUUGUUAAAUUUGCAUUAGUUUCCAAAAUAGUCGUUAAAAUUGCCUAUACUCGACCCCUUAAAUACUGCACAUGCUGAAACGUCCUAUUAUAGAAUACACCUAGAUUUUUUUUUCUUCUUUAUCCAUUAAGACUUAUGACUGAAAAAUAAACUUAACUUCAUUCCACUAUAUUUUGAGCUACUUCAUUAAAAUUGUCUACCCCUAGUUAUAAUUUCUUUUUACUUUUAUCGAUCCAUGGCUGUUCCACCAACUUUCUUAUCGGUCUCUUCUCUUAUGGAUUUCAGUUUAGCACUCCAUUUGCUAUCGAUUUGACCCUUAUUAUUUGACCAAGCCCACUAAAUCUCUUGUGUAGAAUCUUAGGUAUUAUAACUAAUUUUCCUAAUUGUUUUCGGACUUCUUUGUUUGAAUUAAUUUCAUAUUAUUGAGUUUUAUCUUCUUUUCUUUUGUCCAUAGAUCAUCCUAAGGAAUUUUCUCUCCUUAAUAAGUAAUUUUUCUCAUCUUUUUUGUUCAUGGUCCGUGGUGCCCAAUUUUACAUGCGUGCCUCAUUGGUCUGGCUAAUACUUUAUAUAGCUUUUCUUUUGUAAUAAAUACCUUUACUAUAUCUCUUAUUUGCAUAAAAAAAGUUAGCAAAAAAAAAUUUAAAAAAAUAUAUGCUCGAAAAAGGAGUAAACAAAAUAGGUAGAUUUUCGGACAGCAGCUAUAAUGACUGGAUGACGUUAAUAUUUCAGCGGCACCGGAAGUAUACGGCAGGAGCCUUUGCAAUCACCGAAGGGCGUACAAGUUCUUCACGGACAGCGUUUCACCAGGGUGUGCUUUUCCGGCAGUACCGUGCGAUUCGUACGAAAAAUUUUUGGAAGGAGAGUGUUUCCCGUGUAAAGACAAGUCCAAGUGUGGCAACAUGGGUUACCACUCGGACAAGUCACCGGCUCAUGGUAAAAUGUACCUGUUGACCAGAGACGAAGAACCGUUUUGCGGUAAAUAUUAUAUAACAUAAGAAAAUAUUAUUGGGGUUAUAAAAUGGUUUAUUUUACGUCGAUAAAUUUUAGAUUCUAAACGGAACGAGGGUUUAGUGGUUGUACAUAGAUAUUUAUUUUUUAUACUGUGUACAAAAAUUCUACUAGAAAUCUUGGUCCGAUGUAGCAAGUAUUUAAAACACCUUUUUUAAAAGAGAAUUGUAUCUAAUUGGUACUUUAGGACGGAUAUUUUUAAUUUUCCUAGCAAUUUUCAUAAUAAUUAGGAUAAACGAGAAAAUUUAAGGUAAAAUAAUGCUUUUAUUAUUUUCAAUUUUAUUUUUUAUUAUAAUUCAGUUCAUAGUUUGUAGGGAUUUUAAACUGUAACAGAAAACUUAUAAUUGCCUGUUCUAAACAUGGUCAAAUUUUCAAAAAUAUUUAGCCAUUUUUGAGCUAUUUAUAGACAUAUUAAUUUUUAAAAUGUUUACAUAAUUUUGAUGUAGAAGGUUUUUUUUAGAUAAAAUUGUUAAACCAAACAUGAAUGUUUGAAAAAUAACCGGAGAUUUACUACAAGUUGUGCGUAAGUUAGUGGUCAACAACGAAAAAUUGAGUUUAAUGUAAUAUUCUUUUUUCCUUUUUUUUAAAGAAUUAUAAUAUCAAAUUUUUACAAAAAUCGUAAACAUUACGUUCUCUUAAAAUGAGUACAACUGGCCUCCACUCAGAAUCUUUUGUCAUUAGCAAUGAUUAAUCGUUGCCUAUAGAUCGAUAUAUAUUAAAUUCACCUCUAUAUCCUACCUUCCUAACUGCUCACCUACAACAGAGGUCCACCUGUUGUGUGAAGUAUGUCCGUAUUUAUUUAUUUAGAUUUCUAAAAAAUGAAAUAAAUAUGCGUAAAUGGAGUAAUUUUUUAAGUUUAUCAAAUGUUACACCCAACCAGAUUUACAUAAAUCAUUUUUUUAAUUUUUUUUUUUAAAUAAACUCUGUGCAUAAUUCAUAAGAAUUCACAUAGAGUUUAACGGCUAUGUAAUAUUAAUUUUCGAAUUAAAUAUAAUAUUAUGUUUUAUAUAUUUUUUUUCUUUUAAAAUUUUAGCACAUCAAUACAUAGUGAAAAUCUAUAAUUCUCCCAGUGCAUUGCCGGUGGUUAGCUACGGAAAAUUACAAAUCGUUCUCUUCGGUCAACUUGACAUAAAUGAAACGUUUACCAUAACUAAGUGAGUAUAUACUUUACGUAUGAACAGAAAAAAAUGCUCAUCACUAGGGCCAUAAAGAGAAAAUUGGGGCCUUGGGUUAGUAAAAUACGAGCCCCCCUUUUUUUCCUAUAUUAUGCAAACAUGUUCAAUAUCUCUAAAUUAAAAAUUAAAAUGUAUCAUUAUUUAAAAUCAUAUUUUUAUUUAUCUACGAUUCACGACAAAACAAAAGAUAAACAAAAUAUAAAAUAUAUCAAAUGUACAACACCGUCUUCCGACCUUUUGUUAUCUACAUCAGCAUUAUCUUUCUCAUAAAAUUACGAUUACGGUAAAUUUUUUAAAAAAAAAGUUUACGCAAAGUUCCCUGACUUUAUGGAUUCAAUAAAAUUAUUUAUACAAUGAUUUUUUGAUUUGAUAUUAUAGGUUACCAAACUGUUUAUAUUGAUCGUUUGACCCGACAUACGUUUAACCCGGCAUUUUUCUAUACAAAUAUGAGUGCCCUUGUAGUUUAGAAUUUUGAUUUCUAUACUCUUAAUCAUUAUAGUUACCUUCCCUGAAAUAAAUCAUACAAAUCAAAUUUUAUUGCGAUAUUUUAUAAUUAUUAAUUAGUUUAAUUCUGUUGCGUUUAAUCUUAUAUGCCAAAUGAAAAAUAAAUAAUACGAUAGAUGAAAUUUUUUAGUAAAGAUGAUGCGACACUGUCGUUAGGCGAGACAAUGAAAAAGAUUAUCGUGCCCCAUCCGGCCCUUCAGGGGUUCAGUCGAGUGCAAAUCACUUACACUGCGUACAAGGGCUGGCUAUCCAACGGGCUGUCCAAAUGGAGUAUUGACAAAUUUAUACUGACUGACAGUUACGGAAACAGGUAUAUAAUAAAUUAAUAACAAUUGUGAUGUAGGUUGGGUUAGCAUACUAUAAUGUGACGAUUUUGAAACCGGUUUUUUGGCAUUGCGUUUUAGUCAAUCUGUCUGUCAGCGGGGUCUGGUCAUGCAGUCCGAAGUACCCGUCGUGUUACCACUGUAUCCCGGCGACUGCAACCUGCCUGAACUGAUGCUACAGCCAAUCAACGUAAGCAAAUGAUAAUAUUUCUAAUAACGUGUCUUAACAGUUAUGCCCAUAUUUCUGUUCAAUAUUCUAUUUCCUGCUGAAGGAAUAUUUCGUAGAGGGGUUUAACAUUAUAUAAUGUAUCAUACAUUUUCGAAAAGCGGUUGAACCUCUACCACCAUCCCCUCAAUCUGUACGUGCAAAAACCAUAUAAAAUCAAUUACCAAAGGGGAGAGGGGAGGAGGUCAGGAUCACAGUCAAUAUUGGAUUUUAACUGUAAUAGGUAAUACCGUAUUUAUAUGUAUACAUUAUUGUGAUUUGUACAUAGAAUGCGGGUGAUAUCAGGGAUAAGACGGACCAUGGUAACGGUCAACCGGAAUACGGUCAGCAGUACAUAAACGAUUCGAUAGCCGAUAGUGACCCGUCUUCGUCAUCGUCUAGACCAGGUGACCUGUCACCAUCGUCGGCAGAGACAGGCCUACCCGCUGAACUGAGUGCUACGCUUGGAGUGGGCAUCAAGGAGUACAUGAACGUACCGUGGAUGCCACUGGUAGACAUCGCGGAGACAGAACCGACUGGCAACAGCCUAGACCCGUCAUUAGACAGGCGUGAACAGUCGGGACGCGGAUUCACCAAUGGCGUAAGUCGCACUAGCAACAAAACGUCCUCCACUAUGGCACCGACCGUCGUCUCUGGUCCGUCAGACUACCCGGCGGCGGUGGCAGGGCCAGAAGCUUCGGGUACGACACAGUUGGUAAUGGUGACGCCACUACCUCAGUCAUCGACUUCGGACGUAGAAGACGAUCAGUUCCCAUAUGACGAGUUGCAAGUGCAGCAGGUAGCUGGAAAAACCGGAAACGGAACGGCCGCAGAGAUUAACGAACCAGUGUUGAGGCCCAAGAGCCGGUUCCGGAUGUAUCGAAUGCCAGACGGAAGUGCCACAUCAGUAAACAGUACAUCAUCGUUGCAGUCGACGCCACUACAGCAAACUAACGAUAGUGCUGAGUCGUCCGGGUCCACCACCGCUGAGAGAUCUUUUAUUGUUCACUUGUUACCGCAAAAACUCAUGAAUAUGAUUGAACAAGCUGAGCGGUACGCCCGGAUGGCGUUCUCGCCGUUCAUGUGGCCGACCAAGGAGCGAACACAACGUGCCCUAAAACAAUUCCCAAGGUCAGUACACUGAAUUAUAAACCAGUAACCGGUAAUCCCUGUAUACCAUGACGAUUCUUGAUUCUUUUGCUACUGGCUCACCUGCGGACCUGCGGAGAGAUAUGAUAGCAUAGACACUUACUCCCUCCCACUUAAUAAAUAAUACAAACUAAUCAAUUUUAAUAAAUUAAAACUUAUAUGAAAUAAGUAUAAGAAAAAAAAAACGGACAUGCAUCGCGCGAUGGGUGGGUCACUGUUGUAGGUGAGAAAUUGAGAAGGUAGAGGAGAAAUUCAAUAUAUAUAUAUCCACAGUAAUUAAUUAUUACUAACGAAAAACGAUUCUGAACGGAGUUCGGUCAAGCAUAUUAUGAAAGGCCAUUAUAUUUACGAUUUGAAAAUAAUACGUUUCGUAAAUUUUCUCAUUUUUUCUACGGUUUUUACCUGUUAUAUUUGAAAACCCCUGAAAAAAGUAAUGGCAUUUUAAAGUACCAUCCCAUUAAAAUUUUCUUUCAGAAAAGGUGCUACACUUGAAAAUCGGAGCGAUUUCUAGGUUGGUUGAUUUCAGGAAAGCACACAUAUUCCAAAUAAUAUUUUUUCGAUUUAUGUCAAUACAUUUUUUUGCAUAUAAUACAUAUUUUAUGAAAAUAGCUUUGGUACAUUAUAAUUUAUUUUAACUAGUAAAAGAAAAAAAAGGUAAGUAUAAAGUGUCAACAUUUUGACAAAUUUAUAAAAAUCACGAAAAUUAUUAAUUAUUAUGCAGUUUACGUUUCUGAUAUAAAAGAUUAUGUAGGUAAAAUCGUCAAAUUUAAUAUUUUGAGGUUCAUUUCUCGUGAAAUAUUCUAAACUCGAAAGUAAAAAUGUUAUUAAAAUUGUUUAAGCUCUAUUAGAACAUGUAUUUUAUAAUCUAUUUAUUGACUUAUAUAAAAGUAAUUAGUAAUUUUAAAUAGUUAUUAGGUACGCAUGCCCGUUACAAUUAUUGUGGAGCGUAGCCUGACUUAUAAUGACCUGAUUUUCACAACGCGACAGUAUAAAUGAGAUAAAAUAUUAACGCAAUUCCACACACGCGGGAAAUCAAAAACACGGCGGACCCGUCGCCGCAACAGCUUAGUAAUAGGUGUAGCCUUGGCCACCUAACGCAGCGGUAGCAUGGCGCACAACGCUAUCCCACGUACAGUUUUGGGUAGCAUGUCCUCUUGAGCGGACUCUACACACGCAUCUACUAUUAUUUUACUACUACUACUACUACUGUUAGUAUUUUAAGAAAAGCGUCAGAAAAAUUGAAAAAAAAACAUUUUAUUUGAUUUAAUAUUUUGAUUUGUGACUUUAAUUUGAAUACCCAAGAAUUCAUUAUAAUAUGGGUAAACUAAAACUGAGAAAAAUUUUUUAAAAAAAACACCUAAUUUAAAAGACUAAACUAACAACUUAAUAACAAAUUUAACAGAGUUUGUACUGCUGAUGGGUACAUUAAUGUUAUAGAUAAGAAAUUGGGAAAGUAAUACAUUAAGUCAUUUAAUAUUAGAUGAAAAAGAGUUAGAAGUGUUUCAGAGAAAGAUAUUGAGGAAAAUAUUCACCCCAAAAAGAAACAAUGAAGGAGAAUAUCAAAUAAGAAUCAACAUAAAUUUAGAAAAAAUAUAAAACAAACCUAACACUGUUGGAAUCUUGAAAAAUACUCAAAUAAGUUGGGUGGGGCAUGUAUGGAGACUAGAAGGAUUAAUUUGACAAAUAAUAGCAUAGAAACCAAACACAAAGAGACCCAGAAGACGAUUUAAACAAAAAUGGACAAACAGAAUAAAGAAAGAUCUGAGGAUAUUGGGAGUAAGUAAUGCAGAAAAAACUGCCAAGAGAGAAGGAAAAAUAAAAGCAGUAUGUUCUAUAAAAAGCUGAAGAAGAAGAAUUUACUAUAUAAAACAUAGGUAUUAGGUGUAAUAAUUUUAUUUGGUUAUUCCCUUAUCUGUUUUACGUUCACGGACAGACUUAUGAUUUAGCCUUACCUAGUCGUUUUAUCUAUUCGAAAUUAUACGCGUUACAAUAGUAUGCAACAAUAUAGUCAAAAUAAUAUUUUAGAAUACAUACAGUAGUUCAAAUAUUUAUUAGUUGAAAAUAUUUAACUGUUUUUAGCCGCAGUGAACAUUCCAGAGAAUAAUGUUGAUAUUCGGGGGAACCUGUACCAUAGUGGAUCAAUGGUUAUGUCUAGGGUAGUGGUUCUUAACGUGGGCGGUACCGCCCCUUAGGGGGAAUUUUAGUCUCUCGAGGGAGCGGUAGGUUUUAAAUGAGCAUUGAGGGAAUGAGCUUUUUAAUAAAAUAUAAAAAAUAAAAAGCACCAGCGUUCAGUAAAACGUUAUCGCGCGUGAAAUCAAAUUAGUGUACAGGGCCGGAUAUAGAGUUUUCAUUUAGUUUUGGCUAAGAUUCCAAUAAUAUAAAACUCUGUAUAAAGACCAAAUAUCAAAAUAAAAAAAAAACAAAAGCAUCAUCAAAACACCGAGGUAAACCUCUAGUUUUCGUGAGGGGGUGUUAGCAGUCAGUUAUCUCGUAAAGAGGCGCUGAAAUGAAAAAGAUUAAGAACUACUGGUCUAGAGGGUAAUGUCUCUCUUUCCCCUCUACGGCCUUGGAUGUUUGUUAGCUAAAAUGAAAAAUUAGAAGGGUAGAAACUACAAUCCAUUUAUCAGCAGGUCUAUCCAGUGACUAAGCCAGAAAUCAAGAAGGCAAACAAGUGUCGUGUGCUCACUUUCUUGUGCCAAUGUUUAAUUUGAACUCGUCUUGUUUUCAGGUUUUUGUUCAACAACAAUAAUACAUCUGAACAGGUAGUCAACGUCCAACAAGACGACGGCCCGAAGAGAUUCAUACCAUUAACUUACGACGAUCAUCAGGAGUCUGAGGACCAACCAAACGGGCGAAUUAAUAUGGAGACGAGGAUCGUGCCAGCCAUGACAGACGACAGCCCGACCGUCGAAGAAGACACAGACAUAUCCAAAGAAGACAUUAGAUAA